AUGGUUGCCUUCAGCACGGCCGCGCUCUUCGUGACGCUGCGCGUCCUUUUUACCGCUACCUCCUCGUUCGCCGCUCCUAUCGCCGCUCCUGUUACCGCGCCCGCAACUCCAGAGGUUGCCGCCGCUUCCAGCUACUGGCUCGCAGACAUCAAGCGCCAGGGCACCGUUGCCUAUGGUGCCUCCGACUUCAAGAUCUUCCGCAAUGUCAAGGACUAUGGCGCCACGGGUGAUGGCUCGACCGACGACACGGCCGCUAUCAACCAGGCUGUCAGUGACGGCAACCGCUGCGGUCAGAACUGCGACUCAAGCACUGUGACUCCGGCUCUUGUCUACUUCCCUCCUGGUACCUACGUCGUCAGCAAGCCCAUCAUCCAGUACUAUUAUACCCAGUUCGUCGGCGAUGCCGUGACUGUCCCUACGAUCAAGGCCGCUGCGGGCUUCUCAGGAAUGGCAGUCAUUGACUCUGAUCCCUACAUGGAGGGCGGUGUCAACUGGUACACCAACCAGAACAACUUCUUCCGUCAAGUCCGCAACUUCGUCAUUGACCUGACUGCCAUGCCCGCAACUGCAGGCGCUGGUAUCCAUUGGCAAGUCGGCCAGGCCACCAGCCUUCAGAACAUCCGAUUUGAAAUGGUCAAGGGCGGCACAGGCAACGCCCAGCAGGGUAUCUUCAUGGACAACGGAUCCGGCGGCUUCAUGACCGACCUGACCUUCAACGGCGGAAACUACGGUGCCUUCUUCGGCAAUCAGCAGUUCACGACCCGCAAUCUGACCUUCAACGACUGCAACACCGCUAUCUUCAUGAACUGGAACUGGGCAUGGACAUUCCAAGGCGUCACCAUUAACAACUGCAAGGUCGGCAUCGACAUGGCUAACGCCCCCACGAACCAGACCGUCGGCUCUGUCCUCAUUCUCGAUAGCACAAUCACCAACACUCCCAUCGGUGUCAACACCUCCUUCACCCAAGACAGCAUCCCGACCGGCGGCGGAACUCUCGUCAUCGACAACGUUGACUUUUCCGGCGUACAAACUGCUGUUCAAGAUUACACUGGCAAGGCAAUCCUCGCUGGCGGCGGAAUUGUUAAGUCGUGGGCUCAGGGUCAAGUCGCUGGUGCUGCUAGCGGCCGUGUGCAAGACAACCUGCCCACCCCUGCCAAGCCUGCCAGCCUCCUCAACUCGCAAGGAAAUGUCUUCACGAAGUCCCGACCCCAGUACGAGAACAUUCCAUCGUCUCAGUUCGUUAGCUUGAAGUCUAAGGGUGCGACCGGUGACGGCGCCACUGACGAUACCGCUGCUAUCCAAGCUGCGAUUAACGGGAUGGCGGACGGCGAGAUUCUGUAUGUCGACCACGGCGCCUAUGUCAUCACCAAGACGGUUACCGUUCCGGCUGGCAAGAACAUCAAGAUGACUGGCGAGAUGUGGCCCCUCUUUAUGGCUUCCGGCAAGGCUUUCAACGACAUGGCAAACCCUCAGCCUGUCUUCCAGGUCGGCGAGACGAGCGGCGACUCGGGUUCCUUCGAGAUGAGCGACAUCGUGUUCGAGACUCUCGGCGCUGCCCCUGGAGCUAUUCUCAUGGAGUGGAACCUGAAGGCUUCCGAGCUGGGCGCUGGAGGUCUCUGGGAUGUUCACUUCCGCGUUGGUGGAUCUGCAGGAACCGAGCUGCAGGCCGACAAGUGCGCUAAGAAUCCUGCGACCAAGCACGAUGCCAACCCUGACUGCAUCGGCUCGUUUCUAAUGAUGCAUAUUACCAAGGAUGCCAGCGCUUACCUCGAGAACACCUGGUUCUGGCUUGCUGAUCACGAGCUUGACUUGAGCUCCCACUCCCAGAUCGACCUCUACAACGGCCGCGGCCUCCUCGUCGAGUCCCAGGGCCCCGUUCACCUCUGGGGUACCGCCGCCGAGCAUAGCCAGCUCUACAACUAUCAAUUCGCCAACGCCAAGGACAUCUUCUACGCGCUCAUCCAGACCGAGACGCCCUACAUGCAGCCCAACCCCAACUCGGAGCAGCCCUUCACCACCAACGCCAAGUACUCCGACCCCGACUUCUCCGCCUGCACCACCGACGCAUGCAAGUCGGCAUGGGGCCUGAGGAUCGUCGACUCGAGCUCCAUCUGGGGCUACGGCUCUGGCACCUACUCCUUCUUCAGCAACUACAACCAAGACUGCCUGGCGACCAACUCGUGCCAGGAGAACAUGAUCAGCGUCGAGAAAUCCUCAAACGUUAACAUGUUCGGCAUCUCGACCAAGGCGGCCACCAACAUGAUCACGCAGGACGGCACUAGCAUGGCGCUCGACAAGGACAACCGGAGCAACUUCUGCGCGACGCUCGGCAUGUUUACUGUUGCGUAG